ACUGUCAGUGUGUGACAGUAAAUAUUUGAUUCUGUACGAAUUCUUAUUUCCUAGUUUUACGUUUAUAUUCUUUGAUAAGGAUUUUCAAGCAAAUUUGGAAAAGAACACGUUAAUAUUUACUGCUUAUAAGAAAAAAAUAUAAAUAAUAUUUAUAAAGCGGCAUUCAUCGUUCUUACAUAUUAAUUAACUGUCAAAAUAAUAGCAUCAAUACAAAAUUUAUAUACUUGCGGUUCUUUAUAAACGAACUUUAUGCUAUUAAAAUAUUCAGGAUAAUUCAUUUGACCUUUGAGUAAAUAGAAAAGUAAAGCAUAUAAAGAAUGUCUAGUGCAGAUAGGAUCGAUUUUGAAAUGGAGGUAGAAGUGGAAAGUGCAUCGUCAGGACCUUCGGUGGACGUUCCUAACCCUACCUCACCAGCUGCUCCUCCACCGGGAACAAACAAAAGCGUUGUGGUCACUACUGCUACAUCUGGCUCUGUUACAGUAUCUUUGCAUCCAUUAGUUAUUAUGAAUGUAUCAGAGCACUGGACUCGUUUAAGGGCUCAGGAAGGCUCACCACAGACAGUUGUAGGAGCGCUCAUAGGAAAACAAAAAGGACGAAAUAUUGAAGUAAUGAAUUCAUUUGAGCUUGUAUUCAGUGUGCUUGAUGGAGAUAUUAUUAUUGACAGAGAUUAUUAUAAUUUGAAAGAAGAACAGUUUAAACAAGUAUUUUCUGAUAUGGAUUUCCUAGGAUGGUACACAACAGGAGAAACACCUACAGAGAGAGACAUUGCUGUACAUCGUCAGAUUUGUGAUAUAAAUGAAUGUCCUGUCAUGUUGAUGCUUAAUCCUGCUGGGAGAAAUGGAGAUCAAUUACCAGUGGUCCUUUAUGAAUCAGUAAUUGAUGUUGUCAAUGGUAGAGCAACAAUGCUUCUUGCACCCCUGACAUAUACUUUAGCUGCGGAAGAAGCUGAGAGGAUUGGAGUUGACCAUGUUGCAAGAGUAUCAUCAGGAGAAGCAGCUUUCAACAGUUUAGUUGCGGAACACUUGACAGCGCAGAGGUCGGCUAUAAAGAUGUUAGUCUCUCGUGUGCGUGCAGUGCUGGCGACGGUGCGUGCGAUCCGCGACGGCACACUGCCGCCCCGCCCCGCACUGCUACGGGAGGCGAGGGCGCUCUCCAAUCGUCUGCCUUUGCUUACCUCGCAGCAGUUCAGGACGCACUUUUAUAACCAAUGCAAUGAUGUGGCGCUCAUGACUUACUUGGGUACAAUAACGAAGGGCUGUAAUGCGAUCAACCAGCUGGUGAACAGGUUCAACGUAAUGUACGACAGACAGGGCAUGGGACGCCGCAUGCGAGGGCUCUUUUUUUAGGGUGGACGCUAAUAACUUACUGUUUCUUGUAUAUAUAGAUAGGCUGUGUUUAAUUUUAUAGGUUUUCGCAAAUAUGACACACUGUAUUGAUUUUUAUAGUGGUCAAAGUAAUAACUUACUGUGCUCAGAAGUUGUACUGUGUUGGUGUAGAAAAUAAAAUUUAUGAUUUUUUUUUAAGAUUGCAACACAUUCAUACCACGUAAAGAUCACUAGGUGUGAAGAUUGUACUAGUAGAAAAAGUUUACAUCGAAGGUAUAUUGGAAUUCUGUAUGAGAAUAUAUCAGUAAAAGCUUUCAAAAAUCUUUGCGGUUACCAAUUAUGUGACAAAAAAUAAAAAAGAGUACAUGAAGUCUUUUUUGUUUUUUUUCAAUUUCUUUUAUUUUUAUAUAAUAUCGAUCAUACAAGAUUAUUAACGUCUAUACUUAAAACGUGUCCAUUGCAAGUAACUUACAUCCAAUGAAUGUUACAUUAAUUUUAAACAUAGUAUUGUUUCUUCUCAGAUAAAACUAAAUCCGAAUGAUAAAACAACUGCAAUCAA